AUGGCCCCCAAAAAGAAAGCUACUCGUCAAAGGAAGGCAGAAGUGGAAGCCGCACAGGUAGAAAAUGAGGUGGUGGUUUCAGAGGGCGUGAAAAAGCUGGAGAUGCCACUCAACAUUGAGCAGCUAAACCGGCUGAAUGGUCUGCCCCUGCCGCCGCCCAUCAUCCGGCCUGGUGAGAGGGGUCUGGGUCUGGGCAGUGAGCUGACACGCCCACUGCAUGGCUCCGCCCUCCUGGAGGAGCUGAGCCGUAUGCGCCAGGAGCGGUUCCUUACUGACAUGGAGCUGGCCUGCAAAAACAAGGCCUUUGACGUCCACAAGCUGGUUAUGUCUUCAGUCAGCCAGUACCUCCGAGAGAUCCUGGCCAAGGACCCCGGUCUGAAGCGUCUAGAGAUACCAUCAAUCUCACCCCUGGGUUUGGCCAACGUGAUCACCUUUGCGUACCUUGGGCGUGUGCACAUGUCCCUGUAUACCAUUGGCUGCACUGUAUCAGCAGCCAGCGCCUUGCAGAUCCCACACCUGCUGCAAAUGUGCAUGGAUUUCUUAAUGGCUGAAAUGAAUGUGCAGACCUGUGUGUAUAUAUGGAACAUUGCUGCAGCCUAUAGCCUGAUGCCUGUUCGUGAUGCUGCACGUCGUUUUGUGCUGGAGAAUUUUGCCCAAUUCUCAGAGACACCCCAGUUCACCCAGCUCACCCUGGAGCAGAUCGUCUCCUUCCUGCAGGAGGACUCCCUUAUCUUACCUUCAGAAGUCUCCACUUUUCAGGUGGCCAUGAAAUGGCUGGACUUUGACCCAAAGAGGCAGGAACAUGCUGCUGAGCUCCUGUCCCAUGUGCGCUUCGAGACCAUCCCUGCCAGCGAGCUGGUCAGCCAAGUGCAGCCUGUGCCCCGGAUGAUGUUGGACCCUCAGUGUCACCGCCUGCUGGUGGAUGCUAUGAACUACCAUCUGCUGCCACACCAGCAGAACAAUCUGCAGUCCCGCCGCACAAAGGUCCGAGGCAGUCAGACCACAUUGCUGACCAUUGGAGGCCGUCCUUCUCUAACUGAGCGUGCCCUGAGUCGCGAGGUUUUCUGGAGAGAUCCCCGUGAGGGCGCGGCCUCUUGGCGCCACUUGACCCAGCUGCCUGCCAAGAGCUUCAACCAGUGUGUGGCAGUGAUGGAUGGUUUCUUGUAUGUGGCUGGAGGAGAAGAUCAGAACGAUGCCCGCAACCAAGCUAAGCAUGCUGUCAGCACCCUCAGCAGAUAUGAUCCUCGCUUCAACACCUGGCUGCACCUGAGCAGCAUGCGCCAGCGCCGCACCCACUUCAGCCUGGUGGCCACUGGGGGGCGCUUGUAUGCCAUCGGUGGCCGUAACACAGAGGGCCUGUUGGCGACUACUGAAAGCUAUCUGCCGUCUUCUAACAGCUGGCAACUCCGCACGCCGAUGGAGGUGCCACGCUGUUGCCAUGCCAGUGCUGUGCUGCCCUCUGGUGAUAUCCUGGUGACGGGCGGCUACAUUAACUGCGCGUACUCGCGUUCGGUCGCCUGCUACAACGUGGAGAGCGACACCUGGAGUGAGCAGGCCCCGCUGGAGACUCCCCGUGGCUGGCACUGUGCAGCCACCCUGGGAGGUAAGGUGUACGUGGUGGGCGGGAGCCAGCUGGGUCCAGGUGGUGAACGAGUAGACGUGCUGUCCAUGGAGGUGUAUUCCCCAGAGAGCGGAGAAUGGAGCAGAGCCGCACCACUGCCUUUGGGAGUGAGCACGGCCGGCCUGUCCUCACUGGGUGAACAGCUGUACCUGCUGGGAGGCUGGAAUGAGGCAGAGAAACGAUACAAGGCUGCUGUGCAGCGCUACAAUCCGGCCACUGACAGCUGGUCUACUGUGGAGGACCUGCCCGAACCUACCGUGGGUGUGUCCUGCUGUGCCCUGGCCCUGCCUCCUCGUCACACUUCCCGAAAGCACCGUAACACCCCCUCCCAAGAGGAGCAGAGCAGCGUGGUCCCCAAGGCCAACACUGCAUAG